GGCAGUGGCGGUGACACUGUGGUGGCGGUGAGGCGGUUAAGUGAAGGAGAUGCGGUGUGGCGGAUCAAGGAGUUCGAAUCGGAGGUCGAGGCCAUUGGAAGAGUCCAACAUCCCAACAUCGUUAGAUUGAGAGCCUAUUACUAUGGCAGUAAUGAGAAGCUUCUAGUUACAGAUUUCAUCAGCAAUGGGAGUUUGCAUAAUGCUUUACAUGGUGGACCUGGCGUUUCCUUGCAACCACUGUCAUGGGCUGAUAGAUUGAAGAUCGCCAAAGGGAUCGCCCGGGGUCUGACCCACAUUCACGAGUGCAGCCCCAAACGGUAUGUUCAUGGCAACAUAAAAUCAUCAAAAAUUCUCCUUGAUGAUGACCUAAUGCCUUACAUCUCUGGGUUCGGAUUAACCCGCCUUGCGCCCAACUCAUCCAGACUCACAACUUCAUCUUCCAAAAAGACUACCACCGCCAACACGAAACACGAAACCCGCUUUCCAGCCACCAAGUUAACGCAGAAAUCCGAUGUGUACUCUUUCGGGGUAGUGCUUUUGGAGAUUUUAACGGGUCGGGUGCGUGAUGGGGGAGCCGAGGGUGAUGGCAAGGGAGUCGAUGAGAUGGUAAGGGUGGCUUUCAAAGAGGAAAAGCCUUUGUCAGAGAUUAUAGACCGUCACUUGUUGCCUGAGGUUCACUGCAAGAAGCAGGUCCUGGCAACAUUUCACAUUGCACUAAAUUGCACGGAGAUGGAUCCCGAGCUUCGGCCUCGGAUGAGAACAGUUGCUGAUAGUCUGGAUCGGGCCAGUUUGUCUUAAAGAAAUUGUUCUGAUCCUUUUGUGGAUAAGUAAGGUCUUUGUGAAGCUUGUAGCUAGUUUGGUCAUUACUCAUUAAUGAGGACGAUUAGGAGCGUUGGUUGCAUUAAUGAAGACUUGAUUAAUGUAAGCAGAAAAUCUAAACCGUGGGAAUGUGGAAUUUAAUCAAUGAAACAAGUUCCUCUAAUUUUUGGUAAAUCAUUAUGUUACUAAAUUC